GAUAAUCAUAAACCAGUUAGAGCAAUCUGAUAACGGGAAACAAACGAACACCUUUGUAGCUCAUCUCACACACCAAACAUUCAAUCAAUCCUCUCUCUCUCUCUCUCUCUCAAGUCAUUCUGGAUGGUUCAACAAACAGAUACUAAGUUCAGUGAAUACGUUCUGGCAAAUUCAGAAACCAGCUUUACAAAGCAGGAUAAGAAGACAACUCUAAGAGAUUCGCAACAUGAAAAUAGAAAUAUGGUGCCCAAAUCCGACGGAAGCUUUCUUUUGAAAGACAAUGGGCCUGUUGUUGAGCCCAUUAAGCUUACAGGAACCAAAAGAUCCCAACAAACACCUGCAAGUAGUAAUGGGCAUCUUGUAUAUGUUCGCAGGAAAACAGAAUCAGAACAACAUAAGAAGAGUACAGGUAACAAAGCAAAUGAUCAAUGUAGGAAACUAGAUGAAAAGAAUCAUGAACAACAUCCAGUGAAUGGUUCUACAACGUGUAUUCCUGAACCAAAGACAUCAGAAGGCGUAUCUGGAAAGACCAAUAUCACCUCGCCUGUAAUAGAUUCCAGUUGUAUUCAAUCAAACAAUGCCAAGGUUGUAAGUAUUCAGCAUUGGGAAGAGAGAUAUUUCAAACUGCAGAACUUUCUAAAGGCUCUGGAUUCAUCAAAUCAAGAUGAUUAUCGCCAGAUGCUACGAUCCCUCUCGUCAGUUGGACUUAGCAGAGUUGCAGUUGAACUAGAAAAGAGAUCAAUUCAGCUCUCUAUGGAGGAAGCAAAGGAGGUCCAACGCGCCAAAAUUGUCGACGUCUUGGAUAAAUUCCCAAUAAGUGCUGGAGAACACUGGUCCAUGCAGUGAAAUUGCAUAAUCAGCUUGCAAUGUAUUAUUCUGGUAACCCUCCUCCUGCUCAACACAGUUACCUCAGGUCAAACUUUGACCAAUCGUGUGGUUAUCUUCUGCAUGUGUAGCUCUCUCCCCUGAAAAAUAGUUGAAGAAGCAAUUGUUAAUAGUUAACAUCUUUUUUUUUAAUGUUUAAAAAUAAAUAAUCAUCUUGUAUGCUUUUAAUCUCCCUAAAACUGUUAAAAUAAUAAAUGCUGGGGUGAAAUGAAAUAAAAAUUAAUUACAGGGACGUUAUUGUAAAGUAAAACGAAAGUAAAAGAACAUACACCGAAAAGUCAGGACCAGUGUCAGAACUAAAGUUACCAACUGCAAAAUCAGACAUGUACCCAACGCAGUAUUUGUUGUAACCUGCUCUGAAUUUGAUCAAAUAUGUUCUGGAAAUAACAUGUACAUAACUGAAAAUAACUGCCUAUCCACAGUCUCUCUCACACAUACUGUGUGUAACCGUUCCCACUAACCAUAAAGAACCCAAUCGCCCAUUUUUUCAACUUUUUUCUUUUCCCCAUCUUUCAUUCAAUUCAAUUCAAUUCUGCUAAAAAAAUGAACAGAGAUAUGAUCAUGGGUGGUGGUGGUGGUGCCACCAGUAGCACUUCAUCGGACUUCCAACUCUACCCUUCUUCACCGGAGACUCAAGAGAUCUUCCGGCCAUCAUCCCACUUCUCCGACGUCCGUCCGAUCACCGCGGUAACUCCCCAACAACAGAACCCAAGAAAGAAACGAACAAAGAUGAUGAGGCUUCAAAACAUGCCGACGGCGAUCACUGGUGGCAGUUCUUGUAGCAGCAGUCAUUCAACCAAACCGAAAUACACGAAAAAACCUGACCCGAAUGCUCCGAAGAUCACACGUCCGUGUAGUGAAUGUGGGAAGAAGUUCUGGUCAUGGAAGGCGUUGUUUGGUCACAUGCGUUGCCACCCCGAGAGGACAUGGCGGGGGAUUAACCCGCCGCCUGCGGUGGUGGAUCACGGUGGUACUACUUCGACUAACGAAGAGCGUUACGUGGCAUCGUGUUUGUUAAUGCUAGCCAACGGUCCAAGCCGAGUUGCGGACUGUGAAGAGUUGUGUCAUCCCGGAUGGUUCGAGUGCACUAGUUGCAAGAAGGUGUUUGGGUCACACCAAGCGUUAGGGGGGCACCGGGCGAGUCACAAGAACGUAAAGGGCUGUUUUGCAAUAACGAGAAAAGAAGGGGUUGAAGAAGUAGAGGAAGGAGAGAUCGAGGGUCAUUUUGAAAAUAUCAAUACGAUGAUGAUUGUGGGUAGUGGUAGUAGCAGUGAACACAAGUGCAGUAUCUGUUCAAGAGUGUUUUCGAGUGGGCAAGCGCUUGGCGGACACAAGAGGUGCCACUGGGAGAAAGAAGACGAGGUUGUACCCGCUGCUUCAACGUUAGUACUCUCGCAGGGUGAGUAUAGGUUCGAUUUGAAUUUGCCGACUGCGGCUCGAGAAGAUUACUCAAGUUGUUCAAAUGUAGGGUUGGAUUUAAGAUUAGGACUUUGAUAGAGUAAUAUAAUGUGUAAGUAAUUGUGUUAUUAUGUUAUUACUUAUUAAUAACCAUUUCAUCUCAUGUCUA